UCCCAAAAGGAGCUCUUCAGAGAUGUGAUGUGGGAAAACUUUAGGAAUGUGACUGCUAUAGGAGGAAGCUGGGGUGACCAACAAAUUGAAGAUGAAGACAGAAUUUUCCAGAAAAACCUAAGAAGUACAGAGCUAGAGAAAUGCUCUCAAUAUAAAUUAUGGCAUCAACAUGGAGAGAUGGUUUUUAUGACUCCCAAAACAAAUGUGCACGUGAAACUGCUUGGUACAAAACCAGGUGAAAACCUUGCAUGUAGAAAAUCUCUGAUUGGUCAUUCAUCACCUACUGUGCCCAUCGUACAUAACACUGGACUCAAAUUAUAUGAGUUGUAUGGAUUUGAACAGAAGCUCUCUAACUGUAACAGACAUGGGAAAACCUUCACUGACUUCCAGUCCUUACAGAAGCAUGCAAAGACAAAUCCUAAAGAAAAAGCAUAUGGAUAUAAACAAUGUGGAAUAUCCUACUCUGAUUGCACUGAAGGAAGUAACAAUGAAGAGAAAGCUUUUGUGUAUAAGCAGGAUGUCAGAGCCUUCAGUAUAUACAACUAUGUUCAAAUUCAGGAAAGAAAUCCCAGUAAAGGGAAUACCUAUAUAUGUAUACAACAUAAAAAAUGUUUAUAUUCUUACCAAGAUAUUCACAAACAUGAAAGCGCUCUCACUGGGACAAAAUCAUACAUAUAUAACCACAGUUGGAAAUCCUUAAAUAGUAGCACUUCAUUUGGUAAACAUGAAAGAAGUCACACUGGGGAAAAACUCUGUGUAUGUAAACAAUGUGGAAAAUCUUUCCAAACACAGAGACAUCGUCAAAGACAUGAACGAAUUCACACUAUGGAGAAACCCUGUGUAUGCAAGCAAUGUGGGAAAGCUUUCAGAACACACAGUUACUGUCUAAUACAUGAAAGGAACCACAGUGGGGGGAAACAUUAUGUAUGUAAACAAUGUGGGAAAGGUUUCAGUACUCUCAGUAUAUGUAAAAGUCAUGAAAGGACUCAUAGUCGGGGAAGACCCUAUGUCUUUAUUGUCAAACACAUGAAAUGA